GCUGAAUGUAUGGUUAGGUAAAUGUUUUUAUAUAGGUUUAAUAUUUCUUGCUGAACUAAAGUCAAAAGACGUCUGCCACACAAAUGGAAUCUGUUAAAGAGGUGAAUGAAUCCGCGACGAUCGGAUGCUACGUUAAAGCAAGAUACGUCUUGGCACUUAUGGGAUUCCUGGGAAUGGUUAACGUUCAUUGUAUGCGACUCAACUUGAGUGUUGCUAUCGUAGCUAUGGUAAACUAUACGUCAAGUUCGAUGGGGGAUAAUACGACGAUUAAUAGCUGCCAGAAUCAAACGUUGGCAACACUGAAUAGUUCAACAUAUCAACAGACGGGACAAUUCACAUGGAACCCAGAGCAACAAGGCUUACUUCUAGGCAGCUACUUCUACGGUUACGUGCUCAGUAAUAUACCAGGCGCAUGGCUUUCUAAGAAGUUUGGUUUUCGCCUGCUGGUAGCAAUACAGAUCAUAUUGGGUUCUAUCGUUACUUUUUUAUCCCCCAUUGCAGCGAAAACAAGCUUUGAAUUAUUUUUUGUUCCACGUGUGUUGCUUGGGAUGUGCCAGGGCGGGGUUGCACCUUCCCUGGUAAUGGCUUGGGGCACAUGGGCGCCACCAAGCGAGCGGAGUUUAUUGAUAUCAAUCCCAUUGUCGGGGUCCGCUGCUGGGGCGGUAAUCUCUUUUCCGCUAGCUGGCGUUAUAGCUCAGUAUUGGGGGUGGGAGGCCGUGUUUUAUGUUACAGGUGGGGUAGCUAUGAUAUGGUGUAUAGUGUGGCUCUCUCUCAUUCAUAACACACCAAUGCAACACCCGCGGAUCUCUGAUGAAGAACGAAGUUUUAUCGCUGCUAGCAUUGGUGCGGACCCACCAGGGGAAAAAAAACAGAAGACCCGUACGCCUUGGGGUUCUAUGCUGACAUCGUUGCCGGUUCAUAGUAUUUUUAUAAGUCACUUUGCGUCAAAUUGGAGCGUAUACACAUUAUUUACGAUGUUGCCAACGUAUAUGUCCACCAUGCUAAACUUCAACGUUACGGCGAGCGGUAUGGUGUCUUCAGUCCCCUUCAUUCUUCAAUGGGUAUUCACUGUUGCGAGCGGGUACAUUUCUGACGUCAUUAUCCGUCGACGUAUAAGGUCCGUCGUCUUCGUGCGAAAAAUGAAUACAGCCAUUGGAUUAUUUAUUCCGGCAUUCUUCGUAGUGCUUGCUGGUUACGUAGGCUGUGACGUGAUCGCUGUCGUCAUAUUUUUCUCCUUAUCGGUUGCUUUUGGCGCCUUUGCAGUUCCUGGUUGCAAGGCAAACGCUAGCGACGUUUCGCCCAAAUACGGAGGCAUUGUGUUUGGGAUUUCGAAUACCAUUGCUAACAUGGCUGGUUUCCUUGGCCCCCAAGUUGCAGGCAUUUUGUUGCAACAAGGCAACAACUUGUCACAAUGGCAAUCUAUCUUUUGGAUAUCUGCAUGUAUAAACACAGCCGGUGCUUUCAUAUACCUUGUUUUUGCGACUGCUGACGAGCAAAGUUGGUCCAAAGGAAAAGCCAUUUCUACCCCAUUAGACGAUUCAAAAGAAGAACUGAACAAAUGAUAAAGCAGUGUGAAAAACAAGCACUCACUCCUACCACAUCUAAACUUCUGGGAUUAAUUCUGCUCUUACAAUACAGUUUCUGAUAAUAAAAAGCUCACAGUAA